AUGGUGCAGCAAACGGACUUGACAUCCAAAGCCGAGGAUGAUUUGUACAUGCGCCUGAAAGAGUUGAAACGCCAGAUGGAGUUCCUUGACAUCCAGGAGGAGUACAUCAAAGAUGAGAUGAAGAAUCUCAAGCGCGAGAUGAUCCGUGCACAGGUGGAGAUCAAGCGUGUCCAGUCUGUUCCCUUGGUCAUAGGUCAGUUCUCGGAAAUGAUUGACCAAAGCCACGGCAUAGUCUCUUCAACUGCGGGCUCCAAUUACUAUGUCCGCAUUUUGAGCACGCUCAACCGGGAGCUGCUGAAGCCGAGCAGCUCAGUGGCUUUGCACCGGCAUUCGCAUGCUGUGGUUGACAUUUUGCCACCGGAAGCCGAUAGCACUGUCCAGAGCAUGGCUAUGUCAGAGAAGCCUGAUGUCACAUAUGCAGACAUUGGCGGCAUGGAUAUCCAGAAGCAGGAAAUCAAAGAGGCUGUGGAGCUGCCAUUGACCCACAAGGAGCUUUAUGCUCAAAUCGGGAUCGACCCUCCCAGUGGUGUGCUCUUGUAUGGUCCGCCAGGCACCGGCAAGACGAUGCUUGCAAAAGCAGUGGCAAACCAAACUACAGCCACAUUCAUCCGCAUGGUUGGUUCCGAAUUUGUUCAGAAAUACCUGGGUGAAGGCCCUCGCAUGGUUCGAGAUGUGUUCCGCCUAGCACGUGAGAAUGCGCCCUCCAUUGUUUUCAUCGAUGAGAUAGAUGCUAUCGGCACCAAGCGUUUCGAUUCACAAACAGGCGCCGAUCGUGAGGUCCAGCGUAUCUUGCUUGAGCUUUUGAACCAGAUGGAUGGUUUCGACCAGGACACGACCGUGAAAGUCAUUAUGGCCACGAACCGCGCAGACACGCUGGACCCCGCGCUCUUGCGGCCAGGGCGUUUGGACCGGAAGAUCGAGUUCCCGUUACCAGACAGGCGUCAGAAGCGUUUGAUCUUUCAAACGAUCACAGCGAAGAUGAACUUGAGCGAGGAGGUCGACUUGGAAGACUACGUCUCAAGGCCGGAGAAAAUCAGCUGCGCUGAUAUUGCAGCCAUUUGUCAGGAGGCGGGGAUGCAGGCUGUUCGCCACAAUCGUUACGUCAUCCUGCCGAAGGACUUUGAAGCAGGUUGGAAGGACCACGCGAAGAAGAAGGAUCGGGACUUCGACUUCUACGGCUUCUAG